AUGAAUCUGACGCCCCGUGUGGUUACUUCCAGCCUUCCUUCUGGCCCGAGCUGGGCGUUCUAUCCUGAUAGCUUACCGGCACACCGAAUGGCUUCUCCCACUAUCACCGUCGUUGUUCCCAUUUCAACACAGGCCAUCAAGAUAACUUUCUUCACCAAGAAGCUGUGCUCCGUUGACCUCGGUCAAAUCGGCUUCCAGCUGUUCCGUGGUCUGCUCGCGAGCAGGCAAUAUCUCAGAAUCACUAUUGAUGCCACUAGGUACUUCAGUACCUUGCCAGGCAUGAGAACUCCUAGCGAGGAUUGGUCACCUCUGACCGGUACAAACCUGCAGAGAAUCCCCGUUGUGUUCCUCAGUUGGCCUCAAACUUACCCUCCACGCAUCCCGAACGAGAUGGCCUACACAAUUGAAAGAUUGCGCCAAGCGCAGAAGCUCUUCAAUGGUGCCAUCAGCCAGUUUUCCGUUCUUCCGAAAGUGCAAAGCCCGUACAAUCUUCGUGAGCGUAAACGUCCCGAGAUCCUUGGAUCAUGGCACGAUGAUUCCAACGAUGAGGAUUAUGAUCCCGACAGAGAUCGAGUCCGGAAGAAGCGCAAGGGUUCUGUUGCCCAGUCUGCGGGCUCAAGCCCUCGAAUGGUCAGGAAGACUCGGAGUAUGUCCUUUUUGGCCGGGCCCAAUGUGAACAUGGACUCGGACCAUGACGACGAGGAAGAAAGUCACCCUGACCCAGAUACCUACCACAGUGAGCCUGAGCCCGAUGCCUGGGACCAAAGCUGGGCCGUGACUCCUUCGACCACUCCCAACUCCCGCUAUCAACUGCGUCCUCGUGCUCAACCUGAGACCGAGAGCCCUGCCAAGGCCAAGGCUGAUCGACGCGCCGCCAUCACACCUCAUGUGCCUGCGUUUGCCUCCUCGUCAGCAGCGAAAGAUGAAAACGACCUCGCCCGAAAUUGCGAGGCCUGUCGUGACCUCGGCCAGGAGUGUUCCCUCGAAACUGAUCGCGAUCCAUUUGCCUACCCGUGCGCCGAGUGCGAACAAGAUGGUCUUGACUGUGUGUUGAUUCCUGCACCCAAGUGGAAGCGGUCGUGCGAGAAGUGUCGUCGCCGCAGCAAUUGGGAGCCAUGCUCGUACCACUAUGCCGAUUAUGACCAUGAGCUGCCCUGCCACUCAUGCAUUGAUCACGGAUAUCCUUGUAUUGCUGGCCCGGCCAGACACAUGCCGUCUGUUCUCAUGCCACAGGACCAGCAGAUUGCUGAUGAAACUGACGAGGAUGAGCCAAUGUCGGAAGCCAUACUCGAUAACGCUGAGCCCUCCAAUAUCAACGAACGGAACCCUAUUGAAUCGAUCAAGAUCUCAGACGAAGAGAAUGCUACCGAAGGCAACAUCGAGGACGAGGAAAUGGGCGAGGCCGCCAUGCCAAAAGGCAAUGCACUCCCCACCACGAGCCACCAUGGUCAAGUCCCACCCGCCAUUGCCUUUGGGGAAGUCCAUCGUAUCCAGACCGAGUUUGCCCACCCUCUUCACUUCGCUGGUGAUCCUGAUUAUCCACAAGAAGGCCCUCGUUGCAACUGGUGCCACAACUUCGCUUACGGCAUCGUUGGACUUGGUGCUCGCAACCCGGAAGUCAUCGACUUCGGCACCAAAAUGAUUGAGAUCCAAGAUGGACACACCAGCGAAGGAAAGGAAGAGACUCGGAUGUGUCUGGACUGCGUUUGUCACCGAAUCAAGAUCAUUCAGUGCACGCAUGGCAGCGUUGGCCCUUUGCGUUCGCCUGAAUCAGAACGGGACCCGUCGGAGGAGAUCGCGGAGUGCGAAAACUUCAUCAGAGCACGUGGUGCUAUCGUCGACCCCCGGAAUAAUGCUUCUGGUCCCCCUUUUGCAACCAAUCGUGAAUGGUGUGGCAUAUGCCGCAAGCCCGCUGCCUGGACUUGCAAGACUCCCCAGGCUGCCAACAUUUGCGAGGCUGUAAUUGACUGUGAUAAGUUGAGCUAUGGAUGUGGUCUGCACCUCUGUGACUUGUGCUGUGAGCUGGUGAAGUUUUUCGAGGGAGAUCUAAACGCUGUUUACGACCAGUAUGUACACGAGCAAGGCAUGCAAAUGCAGUUCCGUGCCGAUGCAGAGUUCAUCCUCUCUGGUGCCGACAGGAACCUUGUCUACAAGCCUGCGACACGAGGUGCGCAGCUCACAGUCACGACGUCUUCUCCAAAGCGCCGCAAAGUUUCCCCAGAGCCUCGCACCAGUCCAGGCCUUCGAGCUCGACGUCACGGCCGCUCCGAACCUCCCUCCCGCUCUCGCCACCCUACGUCUUCAAGCCGGAGCAGCUCGUCCCUUUCUCCGCCCAGAUACGUGCCCGCUCAUCUGCAGUUCCAAUCUGAGACUGUGCCUGGUGGCCGUUCGCCGACUCCCGCGACCGCGACCGCCGGACUCACUCUCUCAAGCGAGCAUUCCGACAUGCCCUCCGACACUCGAGAGGACACCCCUCUGAACACCGAUGGCCGCUCAUCUUCUCCCGGCGAAAAGCGCCCGGCAUCGGAAAUCACUGACUCCGACCCAGAAGGAGGCGUGAGCACGAAUCUUAGCAGCAAUGCGCGCGCCACUGAGGACAAGGCCGGCGCAGGCGAUAACUCUGCAGCUCCCACCGCUUCGCAUGCGGAUACCAAUGCGCCAACUGCGGCUCAGCAGUCCGGAUCGGAAUCAUUGAAAUCAGACAAGCCCACGAUCGACGAGCAAGUGGCAGAAGUGAAUGCGUUGAGGAACCAGCCGAUACAGAAUGGUCAGAAGGGUUAUGUGGUCUCCAUGGCUUGGUUGAAGAGGGUGCUGGCCAGAACUACCGCCUACGCGGAUCAGGCAGACAAGGAAUCCCAGGAAGCUGAGCUCGGUCCUAUCGAUAACAUGGAUAUCGUGCUAGACACCGACCCCGCCACUCCCAGCUUCAACGAUGAGUCGGGCGAAACGUUUGUGCCGAUGCGCCCUGGCUUGCAAGUUGAUCGGGAUUUCGUAGUUGUUCCCCAGCAGGCUUGGAACCUGAUGCGUGGAUGGUACGGCGUUGCCGACCAAUCGCCUAUCAUCGUUCGAUACGCUCACAACACGAACUCGCCCGGCGAAGACGAGACGAUUGAGUACGAGACCAACCCUCCAAUCUUCACAAUCUUCAAAUUGUCCAACCCUUCCGCGGGAACUACGCCAACAACACUGAAGGAAAAGGAUCUUCCGUCCGUCAAGAUCUUGGCUAGUCGCCAGACAAAUUAUCAGAAGUGGUUGAAGAACGCAAAAGAACAAGCUGGAAUCGAGAUGGCUACCAAGGUCCGAGUCUGGAAAAUUCUUCGUCUUCCCCAGAGCACAAACGGUUCGACCGUUACGACCCCGGCUGUUUCCCGCAGUACUUCACCUGCUCCGGCCUUUGCACUGGUUCCCAGCAAGACCGACAAGCUUCUCAUGGAUUUGAAUGUUUUCCUUGGCCUCUCAGAGGGAAGCCAGCGAGAAUUGCUUGACCGUGCCAAAGACCAGACGAACAACGCAAACUACAAUGGCCGCAUGAAUCUGGAUAUGGCUGGUCUCGGAAAUGCAGAUUGCCUUGUUCUAGAGGAGCAAAUCGGUGGAACGAAGGGUGGAGACUGGGUAUCAGAGGCAUCUGCAAGGACCUUGAAGAACUUGGGCAUCCCAGUGAAUCAGCCCAAGACUCUCACCAUCAAAAUUGCCGAGAACAGCCCACCAGCCAGUACCGCCAGUGGCAGAUCCACUCCCUCUGGGCCUACCCCUAUCAAAGGAUUCACUGCUCGAGGCCGCAGGGGCCGACCACAGAGACUUCUAGGACUGGAGAAUCUCGGCAACACCUGCUACCAGAAUUCGGCAUUGCAAUGUCUGCGAGCCGUGGAGGAGUUGACAUACUAUUACCUCAGUGGUGCGUACAAAGCCGAAUUGAACCUUGGAAACCCUCUUGGCUACAAGGGUGCGAUUGCCAAAGGAUGGGCUACUUUGCUUGAUCAGUUGUACAACUCGGAGGCAGGAGAGAGAUUCGCCAACCCCAAACGUUUCCGGCAUACGAUCGGUCGUUUCUACGAACCUUUUGCUGGCUGGGAACAGCAGGACAGUCAGGAGUUCGUCAUGUUCAUCCUGGAUGCACUCUCAGAGGACACGAACCGUAUUGCGAAGAAGCCAUACACGGAGAUUCCUGACUCUACCGAUGAAAUGGUUCACAAUCGCAAGGCUUUGGAAGAAUUUGCGCUGAGAUCAUGGGACAUCUACAAAUCCCGCAAUGACUCCGUCAUCACCGACCUUUUCGCUGGCAUGUACAAAUCAUCUGUGUGUUGCCCAGAUUGUGAGAAGACAAGCAUUAUCUUUGAUCCUUUCAGCACUCUCACGCUCCCCAUUCCGGGUCCCCCGGCCCUUAUUACCCGAAAGGUGACUUUCGUUCCUCUCGAAGGCCAUCCUGUUUGCCUAAGCGUUCAGCUGGAAGCGUCUCUCAGUUUGAAGGGCUGGAAAGAGUAUGUUGGCAAAUGGAUGGGUGUUAAUGCAGACCAAAUUGUUGCCGGAGAGGCCCACCACGGCUCGUUCUGGCAAUUGUUCCUAGACGACGACGUUUCUUUCGGCUCUCUUCGCACAAAGAUUGACGAUCAGAUCCUGUUCGCCGACGUGGGUCCUCUUGAUGAAGAAGGCAUCCUUCUCCCUAUCUUCCACCGCAAGAAUACAUCUCGCAAUGCCAAGAACAAUUUCCGCGAUUUGUUUGGCCUUCCAUCAUUCGUCCACUUGUCUCAGGCGGAAUCUCAUGACUUUGAGGCAAUUUACCGCAAAAUUCUUCGCUCUGUUGCUACGAUGACUACUCGUGACAUCCUGAAUAAGGACGAGCCCAGCAUGGAUGACCAAGGCACAGACGACUCAGACACUGUUGUCACCACAGAAGAUGACGCUCAUUCAGCUGACUCCAAGAUCAAAAGCUCAUCUGUAGAAGGUGAAGACAGUCUUGUGGACAUUUCCAUGCAAGACGUCCAGACUCCAAAGACUGGCGAUGAUAUGGAAGACUCCGCUUCUGACUCUGACUCCGCGGACUUGCCUCAUCAUCCCCUGGCUGGCAGAAUUUCCCGAGAGCUACUAAGUCUUUUCGAGGCCAAGGUCCUGGCCACCAAGUCUCCUCUGCCAGAUGGCCGCACUCUAGGCCAAAUCAGAAACAAAGAAUUGCCUUUGAUUUCCUCUCGUAUCCCAACUGAUCAUGAUUCCAAGAAGGGCUCCGACUCUGCUUCCCAUGUUUCAGCAGAAGACAACAGUGACGAUUACAGCGAUACCGAUGGAUCGGAUAUGGAAACCACAAAGGAAGAGUCGAUCCUUCGCCAAGGCGAUGGCAUAGUGUUGGAUUGGACAAAUGAAGGCUUCGAUGCCCUGUUCGGCGGCAACCAGCGUGACAACGAGCUUCGAGGCCAGCCUUCCUACAACAACGUCAAGGUUCUCACGGACCCUGAGGCUGUCGCCAAGCGUCAGGAGCAGGCGAAGCUGAAGGCUGCCGGUGUCACUCUCGAUCAAUGUCUGGAUGAGUUCAGUAAAGAGGAAGUUCUUUCCCGUGGAGAUGCUUGGUACUGCCCUCGUUGCAAGAAACAUGUGCAGGCCCACAAGAAGUUCCAGCUGUGGAAGGCUCCCGACGUUCUGGUCAUCCAGCUCAAGCGUUUCACCCAGGCCCGUAGCUUCCGAAGCAAGCUUGACACCCUGGUCAAAUUCCCUCUUGAGAAUCUGGACUUGAACGGUCGAGUGGAGGGUCCUGAGGAUGGAAAGAGCUUGGAGUACGAUCUUUUCGCCAUCGACAACCACCUCGGUGGACUGGGUGGGGGCCAUUACACUGCUUACAUCAAGGACUUUUUGACCGGUGAAUGGAACCAUUGCAAUGAUACCCACGUUCGCCCUGUCACACAGCUUUCAUCUAUGAUUUCCUCCAAUGCCUAUCUCCUAUUCUACCGUCGUCGUUCCGCUCGUCCAUUGGGCAACCAGGGAUUGCAGGAAAUGGUGGAGUCUUACAAGACUCCUACGGCUGACGGUGGCAACUCGUCUGCAUCCCAGUCACCUUCGGGGGACGGCCUCGGCGCCUCCUCCCGCAAUGGCUCUUCGAGCGCCUUAGCCCCAGCCGGAGCAACUCCCCAAGCGGGAAAUGGUGGUUUGCGCGCCAACAAUGUGGGGACGGAGGAGAAUGAUGACGACGAAUAUUCUACAGACGAUGACAGUGAUACUGGCUUCGAAAAUGGCGAAUCCGAAGGUAUGACUCUCACCAACAACGAAGAUGAGUCCGAUCACGAGGACGAGGGACUCCCGUACCAGGACCCAUUCAGCAUCUUCAAGGAGCCUUCCUGGUCCUUCGAUCAAGCGACCGAAGCUCACGACAUUCCACAGAUGACUCCGGUUAAUGCCUCUCAUGACGACGCUGGGCUUUUUGAUGACAACGACAGCACCGUUGCAGUCGGUGACGAAAUGGACAUGGACACUGGUCUCCACGACCUUGAUGAAGCUACUCCCGCCGCUCCCACCCCCCAGACUGGUGCCUCUUUCGAGGAUGUUUCCAACAUGAUGGAAGAUGAGUCCUCCGACGAACUCCCGGUUGUGGAGUUACGUGUGGGCGACGAGGACAAGAUGAUUUCGGAUUAA